UUAAUCUGUAAACUCUAUUAUUUGUCAUUUCCAGAUGAUGAAGAUUCACCAUCAGAUCCGGGAUGUUUGAGACUCUUGCUCUUUGGGAGGACAGGAAGUGGAAAGUCUUCCACAGGAAACACUAUCCUCAGAACAAAAGAGUUUCACAGUGAAGCCAGUUCACGUUUGGUGACCACUGUUUGUCAGAAGAGAGUUGGUGAAGUUGAUGGUCGAUCAGUAGCUGUUAUUGAUACUCCAGGACUCUUUGACACGACACUGACAAAUGAACAAUUGCAGGAAGAAAUAAUGAAGUGUAUUUCACUGUCAGCACCUGGACCACAUGUGUUUAUUAUUGUGCCGAGUCUGGGAGGAAUCACUCGAGAAGAGAAAGACACUUUAGACAUGAUCAAGAUGAUCUUUGGCUCAAAAGCAGCAGAUUUCUGCAUUGUUCUCUUCACUAGAGGAGAUGAUCUGAGAGGACAAACAAUAGAGCAAUAUGUAGAGAAAAAUGCUGAACUCAAGACACUGAUCAGUGACUGUGGAAACAGAUUCCUGGCUUUUAACAACACAGAGACACAAGAUCAGACACAAGUUACUCAUCUGUUAAAUAUGAUAGAAGAGAUGAAUCAGGGCCAAUACUUCACUAAUGAGAUGUUUGAGGAGGCAGUGAUCUCCAUUGAACAGAGAAUGGAAAUGAUAGACAAGAAUAAAAGAAAAAAACUCACUCAAAUUAAAGAAUUACAAGCUAAAUAUGACAUUGAAGACAUGAGUAUGAGAAAGAGACUGAAGGAGAGAAAACAAAGGACAGAAGAGGAAAGAAAGAGGCUGAAGAACAAGUUCAGAGAACAAGAGGAAACACUCAGGAGAGAGUUUGAGGAGAAAGAAAGAUCAGAGCAGAAGAAACGAGAGACAGAGGAUCAGAAACAAUCAGAAGAAAAGAUAGAGCAAAGAGCUGAAUAUGAUCAAAGAAUAGAGAUGAAGAGAGAGCUUGAAGAUCAGAGAAUACAGUAUGAAGAAGAGCUAAAAGAAAGAGAAGAAGAAGAUUGAAAGAGAGAAGAAGAGUAUAAACGAGAGCAAGAAAAGAUGAAAAAUGAUCAUGAACAUACUUUAGCAGAAUUACAGAUAAAACAUGAAGAGGAAAUAAAAAAGAGAGAUUCAGAGGAACAAAUGAUGAAGGAACAAGAAAAGAAA